AUGAACGAGAAGAGUAAUCCUGCAGCCGUACGGCCGAAUCAUCAAUCUCAGAAUGAUGCCGACUUGCUGGACUCAUAUCACGAAGCCUCCGUCAGCCCAGAACACAGUACGACUCAUGGCGUAUUCCAGCAUGAUGCCAACGAUGGCGCUCUCAUUGGGGAGACAAACUCCGCUCGCAGCAUUACGAACAAACCAGGAGAUAUAGCUCCCGACUUUACCGGCAAUCUAGACGAUCCUCAUAACUCGACAACAAGCAACGCCUACAUUGGUUAUUCAGACGUAGACAGUGGCCUUUCAAUCCUAGAGCUGAAUACAACCGACCAGACAAACAUUUCUAUCAUUCCGAAUCAGUCGGGAGUUGUUCGAUUCGCAAAGGCACAGGAGCCAGAGCACAGGCAAUAUCACUCUAUCGCCCUCAGGCCUCCAGAUGGAGAAGGUAACCCUGUCAAGAUUGAUAAUCAGAGCGGUCCAACAGCCAUAUUCUUGCUGCGCGUAACUGAAAUUCUCAAAACGGACGAGAGUUUUCGGGAUAAACUAGCCACCACGUUCGCCAUGGAUAGCUUCUUUCUCACAAACACAGCUUACGACUCCAACGGGUUCUUUCUCGAGAAGACCAGCCAGGAGACUAGCAAGGCGCCAGCGACUGCCUACGGCUGCCGCUUCUUGGUCAAGGAACUUUCAUUGGUUCCAGACCCAGACAAACUCGAAAAAAUCCAGGACUUUCUUGAAGAUCAAAUCGAGAAGUUGAAACCACGCUUGGAGAUACCUCCCCUGCCGAGGCAAAAGCCUGAGCCCACUGCGGAGACAUGGUCAAAUCCUACGGGCUUCAGGGAUGCUCUCGACUUUUGGCUUCGAACGGAAUUAGAGAGAGUAGUUUGGGCACGUCAAAACCAGCAGGGGCAGCAUGAGGAUGAACGACCUUCGAGGAAGGAUCUGUAUCAGUUGAUCACCGCCAUUCUUCAUCGCAGCUAUCAUGACUUGGGCUGCAUAGGCGAAGUCGAGAAGGGGCAGAUAAUCAAGUCAAGCACUACCCAGGUAGCAAAAGUCUCUGACGUCAAGGGAAAAAACGAAGCCCCCGAAAUGCCCAGUAGCAUGUGGAGAAGGACGAUCGGACCGAUCAGAGACAGAAAUGCACCACCACUCGAUGCUGAAAAAGGCCGCCUGCCAGUUCACACGGAGCCCGGUAUCACUCCCAGCAAGAAAGCCCGGCCCUCGAAACGAAACUAUCAUUGGCUUUUCCUGUCAUUCUGGACUGUUUUUCUUCGCCCGAAUGAAGAUGCUACAGUCAAUGGGCGUAGCUCUACCCAGUCCAAAGAGGUAAUUCCUUGCUUCGACAACGCAUCUGGGAGCCGGAUGAAAGAAAGGAUGAAGGCGAUUCUCCUCGAACAGUACCCUCGAAGCAUACUGCCCCAAGUCAUUGAAGAAAUUGUCCACAUGUAUGAUGAUGCUCUUUGGGGAUUCCGAACGCCAGUCCGCGACCUGCGCGGUCAACAUGUACCCGAAAGGAACCCAAUUAAAGACGAUGCAAGAGAAAAGGACGAGAGCGUUCGACGCCGGCAGAACUAUUUUGACAUGCAUGGACUAUCGCGCCACCUCAUCCACUCCCAGGAAACGUUGUCUGCCGCGGAAACGACAUUGAAGGCGAAUCUCGACAGCAAACAGCCAGAACUGGUCGCGAAGAGAGCUGGGGAGAUAUCCCGGUUCAGUGAAUUGUUCAUCAAGAACUUGAAGUUUCGAGCGGGUUCAUUUGUGGAAAGACUCAACAAUGAGACAUUCCUAGCCCUGCACAUCAAUAACUUGAAGCAACUUGAAAAAGUUGAAGAGCUCCUGAUAGAGAACAAAAUGGAUGGCAAAGAUGUGACGAAAGCUGUUGGCUAUGCGUCGGUCUUGUUCCUACCAGGAACAUUCAUCAGUGGCUUCUUCAGCAUGCCAUUCUUUGACUAUCAAGAAUCUAGCUGGCCCAAUGCUAGCCAAGUCUGGAUCUGGGUCGCUGUCGCACUUCCAAUGACUACUGUAGCCUUUCUCUGGCUUUACUGGAGUCGAACGAGAAGUCAGCAUUCAGUAUCCACGAUGUCGGCAAGAAAACGGUCCAUCUAG